AUGGACACGUCCACAGCUCUGAGGCGACUGCACAAGGAACUGACGGACAUCAACAAUGACCCCCCGCCCAUGUGCUCUACGGGGCCAGUUGACGAUUACAUGUUCACAUGGAAAUGGACUAUCAGGGGUCCCGCGGACAACCCCUACAAGGGAGGAGUGUUCUGCCUAAACAUACAAUUCCCACCUCACUACCCCUUCAUGCCCCAGCAGAUUUACUUCACCACUCCAAUCUGCCACCCCAAUAUCAACCAGAGAGGCUACAUCUGUCUCGAUAUUUUCAGGUCCCAGUGGUCUCCCAUAAUGACCGUAUCCAAAGUCCUGUUGUCCAUCAGCUCCAUGCUCUGUGACCCCAACUCCAAUGAUGCCUUUGUUCCCUCCAUUGCCAGGAUGUACUUAAAGGACAAGGACACCUGUGUUAGCAUGGCCCGAUCUUGGACCAAGAAGUAUGCCAUGUGA